AUGUACCAUCGCCACAAGAACAAAGCUCACAUCUUCCACCGGUUGCGAAUUGUGCGUGUGCGCCUCUCCCCCUCCAUUGCCCUCACGCAAGGAGCGAACUCUUGCCGCGCGCAUCAAACGCGAUACAUCGAUCUCCUCUGCUUCCGAUUCCGACAUGACAACGCCUGCCACUGCCAUGGCCAUCAGUAGCAGAGCAGCUGCGUGCGGCGCGCUCAUCUUCCCGACCACCGCAUCCGCCGCUCCGGUCUCCCGGAGCGUCUCCGUGGACCAAAGAGUCAGCCACCGGCGGAGGAAGGCGGUGGCGGUGGCGGCCGUGCCGCACGCCAGCAGCGGCGGCGCGCUGCUGGAGCGGCCGGCCUUCGACCAGUCCCAGCUCGACACGCUUCCCGUGACACAAGAAGGAGGGGACACCGGAAGGAUGAGGGACAGGAGGGGCUCUGGAAGCGGUGACAGCUACAAAGUUUUGCUCAUAGACGACGCCCGCCACACCGAGAAGCUUGUGGAGAAGGCCUUGCCGCAGGUGGUGCCGUCCGUGACCGCGGAGGCGGCGCGGCAGCUCUUCCACGCGUCCCGGCAGAAAGGCGCCGCGCUCGUCAUUGUCGCCGUGAAGGAACACGCCGAAUUCUACGCGCAGAUGAUGGUUCGGCAGGGACUCCGCUCCGCCAUCGAGCCUGAAUCCGAUUUGGCAAGUUAAAAUUGCUGGCCUUUCGAUAUGCGGUCGGCUGGCUUUGUCAUUGCUGAAUUUUGAGAGUCAGUUCAGUUACAGUAGUUAGUUAUAAAUGGCAGAAAUUUCUUCUUUUAGGGUGUGUUUAGUUCACGCCAAAAUCAGAAGUUUGAUUGAAAUUUAAACGAUGUAACUGAAGAGUUGAAAGUUUGAAGAAAAAGUUAGGAACUAAAACAGGCCUUACUUUAUCAGCUAGGUGGCCACUGGCCGGUUCAAAGAACAUGACAGGAACUUUACUGCAAAUUUGUUACUACCAAGGUUGCUGGUUGCAGCAUUGAGAA